CUUAUAGCUGGGGAUAGGUUGAACCCUUCUCCCUCCCCACAGGCCGCGAAGGUAGACCGUUCUGUUGAGCAGUACGUUGGCUUCCGGGGCACUUGUAUGCUUGCAGGGAGGAUAUAUCGCAACGGCUCUUAGAAUUGCGCGAGUUUGCGUGGGUUCGAGUGUGCUCGUGUGAGUUCGCGUCGGAGACGAGGGGCCGCUGCCGCUCAUCUGGGCCAAUCGCCGGCGCAGGAUGUAUCGCGCCCGCGGCGGUGACCGUGGGCGGGGGCGUGGGGGAAGAUCGGGGGGCGGUGGCGGGCGGGGCAGAGGCGGAAGAACAGCUUCUGGCGGAAGGGGUCGCGCGGGGGGAGGGGGAGCCGGGCGGAAAAGAGCGCGGAACGAGUUAAUUGACGACGGGGAGAGGGAGGAGUCUUUUUUCGCGCGGGCGGAAGAGGCGGCGGAGGACGACGCGGAGCUCGGAUCGGAGGGGGAAGGGGAGGAUGCGCGCGUGGUGGAGAGCGCGGAGGCGAAACGCCUGCGCAUUGCGCGGUCGUACCUGUCGGAAGUGAAGCGGGCUGCGGCGCUGGCAGCGCGGGAGAAAGCGGAAGAAGAGGCGGAAGAGGCGGAAGAUAGAGACGGGGAGGGGGGGAUUGAUGGGGAAGGGGAAAGCGAAGAGGAGGAGGAUGAGGGGGAGGAAGGGGAUGAAGACGAUGGGGGGGAGGGGGACGAGGGGGACGAGGGUUUAAGAGAGGAGCAGGACGCGUUAAUAGCGGCCCGAUUGAAGCAGGAUGCGUUAGAAGAGAGCGGCAGGGUGAUCCGCCGAAUCGCGACGAGAUACAUCCCUUCCACGUCAGCAACGCCAGGCCAGUCAGUGGGACGCAGACACAGGCAGUCCGUGACAGGUGUCGCGCUCUCAUUGGACGACAGAACGGGCUUUGCUGUUUCGAAAGACGGGCUAAUAAUCGGCUGGGACGUGGAAUCUGGAACGAGCUUUAAGUUCCCCUGGCCGGAAAACUUAAACCCCAAAUCCCGGUCGGAUGGGGGUGGGGCAGGCGGUGUGGUGGGAGGCGGAGGAGGGGGGGGAGGGGGAGCUAAGGGGAAGGGGGGGAAGAGCAGUAGGCAUUUGCUAAGCGUGAGUGUGAGCGACGACGGGCGGUACUUAGCAGCGGGAGGGCAUGACCGCAUGGUGCACCUGUGGGACGCGCGGACCAGAGCACACGUAAAGUCCUUUUCCGGCCACAGGGGAGCAGUCCUGUCGCUCUCCUUCCGGCCGGGUUCGCUCGACCUCUUCUCGGCGUCUGCCGACCGCAGCAUCAAGCUGUGGAGCUGCGCUGACGUGGCGUACAUGGAUUCGCUGUUCGGCCACCAGGCGGAGAUAGUGGCGCUGCACGCCUUGCGGCAGCCGCAGAGGGUGGUGUCUGUGGCGCGGGACAGGACGUGUAGACUGUGGAAGGUGCCUGAAGAAACCCAGCUCGUGUUCAGAGCGCCCGCCACCUCGUGUCUGGACUCGUGCGCGUUCCUCUCCCCCUCUGCCUUCAUCACGGGCGGGGAUGACGGGUCGCUGUCGCUAUGGUCGGCGCUCAAGAAGAAGCCCGUGCACGUCGUCAGAGCCGCCCAUGGCAUCAUGCCGCCCGCUGCAGCCGCUGGCGUUGUUGGCACUCCAGGCGCCACUGCUGCAACAACCGCUGCUGCAACAACCGCUGGUGCAACAACCGCUGGUGCAACAACCGCUGGUGCAACAACCGUUGGUGCAACAACCGCUGCUGCAACAGCUUCUGCUGCACCUGCUGACGCUGCUCAUGGUGGGCUUCCGAACGGCAUCUCGUCCCAGGAGCCAGCGGAUGCUGCUGCUGCCCCUGCUGCUGUUCCCUUUGGUGCUGCCGAAUCUGCCCCUGCGGUCUCACCACCAGCGGUGCCAGGGAGUGCUGUGCAGUCGUGGGUGGGGGCUGUGGCCGUGGCACCCGGAGCUGACCUGGCAGCCAGUGGGGCGGGAGACGGCGCUCUUAGGCUCUGGCAUUGCGACUCGUCAGCGAACCGCCUGCGCCCAGUUGGCUCUCUUCCUACGGUUGGCUUCAUUAACGCCAUUGCCUUUGCUCAUCGAUCCGACUUUGUCAUCGCAGGCAUUGGGCAGGAGCCACGCCUGGGUCGGUGGGGACGAAAUGCAGCUGCUAGGAACGGGGUGGUUUUGCACCGUCUACAGUAUGAGUCAGAAUAAGAAAAACAGCCCUAGUUAGUGGGUGGGUGGUUGGGAGGUCCCCUUUAGCAAAAAAAUAUGAAGAGAAGUGUGCUUUCACAAAUUUAUAAGCUUGGAUUCGAGUCCAGUUUGAAUGCUUGUCGAAGAUGAACGAAUCCGAAAAUUCC